CCGCGUUUUAUCACCAAAUUUCAGCCGGAGACGGAGCCGAGUCUCGGCUAAGUUUGGACACUUCGGCCAGGGUGCUGUCCUGUGGGAUGGAUGACGGCCAAGAGCAGGACCACUACGAGGAGCGCCUGAAAGAAGUUUUCGACAGUUUCGACGCCAGCGGCCGCGGCUCUUUGUGCCCAGAGGAGCUCUCCGAUCUCUGCCAGUCACUCCACCUGGACGAUGCCGCACCAGCUCUCCUCCAAGCGCUGCUGCAGAACCAGGACCGCCUCACUGCCAGGGUUGACUUUGACCAGUUCAAGAAUGCACUUAUUCUGGUUUUGUCGUCGACCAUCGAGCAACCUCAGGCAGAACAGGAGCCUUUGCCAAAACCAGAGUCUCCUGAGAUCCAACCAAAGUUUGUGAAGGGCAGUAAACGCUACGGGCGCCGCUCGACGCCGGAGUUCAUAGAGCCUAUUUCGGACUUGUCUGAAGUUCCAAACGUAAGCACAGCUGACGGCGAGGAUUUGGAGGACAACUAUGACUCAGCUGUUCCCAGGAAGCGUGAGCGCUGGAACGCUCAUGAAACAAGCACAGAGGAGUAUGAGGCAGAAGGUCAGAUGCAUCUCUGGAACCCCGAUGAGCCGAGCACACCUCGGGGAUCCAGCGGUUCUCUGUCGGCCCGUUUAGAGGAGCGACUGCGUGAAGCCUGUGAGGAUUUGGCCAUAACGUGGGACGGAUGUGCCGGACACACUGAGCUGCUCGCUCUCUGUGAACAUGUGGGCCUGGAGAUUACCGGAGACACGCUGCUGAGUCUGACAGGUGAUGGAGUGAUGAACGUUCAGGAGUUCGUUUCCAAGGUUGUAAAGCACAACAAACCUCCCACGCCCUCCGCCUCCACACCUUACAGACAGCUCAAACGGCUUCACUCCACUCAGCCCUUUGAUGAGGGCGGCCGGAGGAUAGCGACCCCCUCAGCUUUAACCAGCUCCAUCGGCAUGCGGCUCUUCUCCACCCUUGAUGACGGUACCGGCUACACUCCAGUCGAAUGCAUCCUGGACGCCUGGAUAGAAGAGGGAAUAGAAAACAGCACUGAGAUCCUGCAGGCUUUGAAUUUCAGCCUCGACGGAAAACUGAGUCUUAGUGAUCUCACCAUGGCGCUUGAAAAUGAGCUGCUGGUUACUAAGAAUGGGAUUCACCAAGCAGCACUGGCGAGCUUCAAAGCUGAGAUCAGAUAUCUCCUUGAGCGUGUAGACCGAGAAAUCAGGGAGAAAGAGAAAAUCCAAUCAGACCUGGAGAAAGCAGAGAAGCUGAAAACUCAGCUGGCCACUGAGGUGGACGAGCAUCACUCUGCAAUAGAGCACAUGAAUAGCCUCAAUCUGAGGAAGCUUGAGCAGGAGCACAAAGAGAAGCUAGCAGCAGUGCGAUCGGAGCUGAUGAAGGAGAUGGAUCAAAUCCAGCAGCAGGCGGGCCUGCAGCGUGAAGAACUGGAGGCAGAGAUCGACAAGAUCAGGGAUGAUGAAUCUUUUCUCAGAGACCACCUCUCAAUCUCAGUGAAGGAAAACAGGCGUCUUGAAACAGAGUUACUGGACAGCAAUGAGAAGCUAGAGGAGGUUCAAGGCCAAGUUACCAAACUCCAGACCAGUUUGGACAACAUCAUGAAAGACAAGUUUGGGGACCUGGACCCUGGAACUGCAGAUUUCCUUCUCCAAGAGGAGCGUAUUAAACAACUACGCAGCAGCUACGAAGGACAGUGCAGGGAGCUGCAGGAUCGUAUUGACGAACUGCAGUCGGAGUUGCAGGAGUUCCACACUCUCAGUCAAACUAAUCAGCUCUGCCACAAACCUCUGUCUGAGGAGCUGGAGAGUAAAAGCCCCGGCAUGGAGUCCGACCCAGGUAUCGGAUCAGAGGAGGUUCAACCUUUCAGCAUGAGCCUCGAAGCAGAGAUGAUGCUGGAGCAGCUGAAGGAGCAGCACCUUCAAGAAGUGGAGGAAUUGCGAAAGCAGCUGGAAGCAAAGGCCAGUGAAUUUGACAGCGCGGUAGAAACACAGAGGGCGACCCAUGAGGACCAGAAAGCCGCUUUGACCCUCCAGUGCCAGCAGGAGGUCCAGGCCUUGAAGGAGGAGAUGGCCGGUGUUCAGAGCCGAGCACAGGAGCUCCAGAACCAGCUAGAGCAGGCGGAGCUGGAGCGGACCUGUCUGGAGGAGAAGCAGGCCAAAGAAAGGGAAGACCUGGAGAACCUGCAAGAAGAGGAGGUGGGAAACCUUAGACACGAGCUGCUGGAGGCCCAAAUCUACACUGCAGACCUGGAGGAGCAGCUGAAGAACCUGGAAGCCCAGCAGGCGGAACCCAGUGAAAGCCUUGUCACUGAGAUGGAGGAGCUGAGGAACCAACAUGUUGAUGAGAUUAAGAAACUAAAGGACGAGCACGCAGAGCUGUUUGAAGUCAGCCUGGCAGAGGAGACAAGGAAACUGCAGGAGGAAAAGGCUGAGUUGGAGAAAAGAUUGCUAGACGAUUGGGAAAGAGAGAAGAAGCAGUUGCAAGAGAGCCAUGAGGAUGAACUAAAGGCCAAACUAGAGGAGGUGAAGCUGAGGUUUGAGGAGGAGCGUGACGAAAUGGUGAAGGGACUGACAGAGCAGUGGCAGAAAGAGAGGACUCGGCUGGAUGAGCAGAAUAAUGAGUCUCUGCAGGUGCUGCUGGAGGAGGAGAUGUUGAAACUCGUCAGGGAGCAGGAGGAGAAAGAGGGAAAGCUGAGGGAGCAGUGGGAGAGCGAACGAGCUCGGCUUCAGCAGCAUCACGAGGAGGUUCUGCUCGACAGGGUGCUGGAAGAAAGGUUGCAGUUACAGGAGCAGUUUGAGCUGAGGGAGAAGAAGCUGAAGGAGGAGUGGGAGAGGGAGAGACUGCAGCUGGAGGAGGAUUACGAAGGGAUGAUCCAGGACCGGCUGAACGAGGAGAAGGAGAAGCUCGAGACUGAGAAGGAGGAGGCGGAGAAGAGAGUGGAGAGGCUGAUGGAGGAGGAGAAGGUUCAGCUGGAGGAGAGCCAUCGGGAGGCCAUGAAGGAGCUGAGAGUCAAGCACGCCGAGGAGAGGGACGCACUGAGCGCCACGUUGGACAAACUACGAGACGACAUCGCUCAGGAGAGGAGGGAAAUCGAAAUCAGCUUUGACCAGAGAAUCAAAGAAGUGGAAAAUCGUUUCUCAGGUGAUCAGGAAUCUGUCGAAGAGCGUUUUCAAGCCGAUGUUUUGAAACUCGAGCAGCACUACCAAAGUGAGCUGAAGGCUCUUUCCGACAGCCACGUCACGCAGAAGCUCCACUGGGAAGCAGAGAUGCAGAAAGCUCUGGAGAGCGCUGAGGAAGAAAGAAAAACGAUGGAGGAGGCCAUGGAGCAGGAAAGAGAGGGACUAAAUCAGGAGUGGACAAAAGAGCGUCAGGAGCUAGAAAAUGUUCACAGCGAAGAAAUGGAAGCGCUGAUGGUAGAGAACAAGGAGCUCCAGAAUGAGCUGGAUGACUUGAUGAGUAAGGCCCAGACUAAAGAAAUAGAGCUGAGCAGGCAGCUGAAUGAAAUCCACAACAGGCUGCAGGAGAGCCUGGACACCAAACAUGAGCUGGUUGUUCAGUCUGAGAACAGAGCACUUGAGACUGAGCUCCUGUUGAAUCAAACAGUGGAGGAUUUCAAACAGGAGAGGGAAGAACUUCUGAGCAACAACUUAGAACUUGAGGCAAAAUACAACGAGAUACGUUCCAUUUCUGAGAGGCAGGUUAUGGAGAGGAUCGAACUGUUGACCGAGCGAGAUGAUUUAAAGAUGAAGAUCGAAGAGCUGGAGAUGCUUCUCAGACAGGCAGCCGUGGACUUCGAGCUCGAGCGGAAGGAGCUGCAGGAAAACGUGUCCAGUCUUGAGCAGGAGUUAAAGAACAAUCUCGAGAACGGCAGAGAAGAGCUUCAAGCAGAGAGAGAUAUGAAAAUUCAAAUAAAGGAGCUGGAGAUGGAACUGAAACAGCUUUUGGCCUCUUCAGAAAGAGAUGAGAAAGAGGAAAUGAAGGAUUCAAAUGAGAUUAAAACAUGUAUGGAGGAGAUGCUAGACACCAGUGAAUGUAUCUCUUUAUCUGGUGAACCACCUCAAACUCUGCUUGAUCAAGACGGUGGUGUAGAGACCACAAUGGAAGAUACUGAAAAUAUAGCAAAUGAUGAUCAAGCUGAUGAUGAAGUUGGCUCUUCUACCAGCGAUGAUGGAGAGGACAACGAGGUGACGGAUGCUGCUAAUAAUGAAGAACAAGAAGAUCCAAGUGUUGUGCAGGAUGAGACGACCGAGACUCGUGACUUGUGGCCUGAGAGUGUUUUUGGUGAAGGAUGUGAUGAUGAGGUCGAUGUUCUUUCUCACGAAGGCUGUGAAUUGACUUAUUGUGAUCACAACAACACAGAAUCCCCUGAAAAUGAUCAAAAUCUUGAAAGCAAACAUGAAACCGCUUCCCGAGGGAUGCAGCGUGAGCCUGCCUCAUCACUCGAGGCGUUUGGUGACGGUGAGGAUAAUGAAGUUCUCAAACCGUGUGACGAGGAGCUCAAACCUCAGGAUGUACCAGCUGUGGACUGCGGAAGCUCUUCCCAUGAAGACGAGCGGCAUCAUGAGAUUGUGGUCGUGCCGUCAACACCGGAGGAGACAGGUGACCCUUGUCAACUUUCUCUGGAGGAUGCAGAGGUUUACCUUUUAGCAAGUAACUCUCAUGACCACAGACGGGAAGGUGAACUCGUUUUUGAUUCAGGCUGUGAACAUUUAACCGCAGAAAUAAAGCAUGACUGUGUGGAAACUCUGGUUGAAGAUUCAGAUUGUGAGCACCAGGAGAACUCUGUCCCAAAACUACAGGCUUUGUAUAAGGCCGCCACAGACGAGAACGUUCUCCUGCACGAGAAGAUUUCUUUGCUUCUGCAGAAGACAGAUAUACUCGAGAAUCUACUGGCUCACAACAGUGAAAAGGUCAAGACUGGCCACCAGAUUUUAGAGGAAAACUACGGCCUCAAAGUGAAAAUGCUGUUGUUAAUGGAGCACGUCAAAGAGCUGGAGAUACAGGCCUUAAAAAUGACCGAUCUUCAGAUUAGAUAUGAAGAUUGCAUGUGUGAAAAUGCCAAACUGAAGGAUCAAAACGGGGAGCUCGAAAAGAGGGUUUGGAGCCUCGAAGGAAGGAUCAAUAUAUUCCACGACUUCCAAGAUCAGCAGAUUUCACUUGUGGACGAGAUCAGCCUGAUGAGAGAAGAAAACGCGAAGCUGUCUGAGCUGCUCGGUGGGUUGGAGACGCAGGACGACAUUCUUUCAGCCGCGCACCCACACGCCGAUAAGUCGGAGGAGGCUUUUGUGGGUCUGGACGGCGAGCUGGAGGUGAAAGUGCAGGCGGUGACCGACCUCGAGGACUGCUGUAAGGAGUUUGAGAAGCAGAACACCAAACUCCGCAGAGCCAUCACAGAGCUGCAAGACAAGUCGCAGACAUUAAAUGAAACGACACAGGCUCAUAGGUCUGAAGCCGGUCGUCUCGCUGAAGAAAACGUCAUCCUCAGGCAAAAAAUUGCUGCACUGAAGGAAGAGGAUUUGAAAGAGGCCCAGGAUGAGUUAACACAAACACUGGACUCCUUGAACAAAGAGAAGUUUGAAGCUGGAAGAGCAGCAGAGAUUUUCAAGAAACAGGUAACUAAAUUCAGACUCCAGAUUUCAGAGCUGCAGGAUGAGAACGGGAUCCUGUCGGAGGAAAACACCCAGAAUGUUGCUGAAAUGGAGAGUCUACGACAGCAGCUGGCAGAGCUGAUAAAGGAAAACGAGAGGAGGGAGGCGUUCCCCGCUGAAGAGAGAAACAAGCUGGCAGCUUGUGUGUCUGCUCUGGAGGCAGAGUUGACCAAAGCUCUGGAGGACUCUGCACAGCUGGAGGAGAAGAACAUCCAGCUGUCACAGCAGAUGUCCGACCUCAGAGAGAAGGCAGCCAAGGUGGACACUAUGGAGAGUCAGCUGAGCCAUCUUGUAGAGGAGCAGAAGACUGUGGAUAAAGAGUCUGUAGGCCUCCGCCACCAGCUCGCCAAAGCUCAGGAGAACGUCAAGACAACAGAUGAAACUCUUCAGGUUGUCAACCAUCAAAGUGCUCGCCUGAAGUCGGACCUCCGUGUUGUGCAGCAGGAGAAGGAUUCCCUCAAACAUGACGUUGCAGUGCUGCACAAACAACUGCAGAACGCCAACGAUAAAAACCAUAUUUUGGAGAUGGCCUUGCACUCGAGCGGCCUGCAGCAUCAGAGCAAGAAGCUGUACAGAGACGAGAUGUCCCGACUGAUGGAGCAGGAACAGCAGCUGCUGAGGCAGGAAAACGAGAGGCUUCAGGCAGAAGUAGGCAGCAUCACAGGCGACCUCGUCCAGGCCAGAGAAAAGGUCCGGCAGCUCGAUGCCACCAUCGUGUCCCUGAAGCAGCACAAACAGCAGAGUCAGGCCUCCCUGCUGAAGGCCUUGGAACAGGAAAACGUCUCUCUGAAACAGGAGCUCGAAGCACAAAGGGAGCUGACUAAGGGCUGCGAAGCUGGACAAAGACACACACAGCUGGAGAGCCUUCAGCAGGAAAACGAGUUGCUCAAGGCCCAAAUGACCCGACUGUCGACACAGCUGCUGGAGGCAUUUCAGGCUCAGUUAGUCGGACUUCUGCCUCCGUCACCUCACAGGAUGCCGAGAGGACAACAUCGUGGCGAAGAUCCGGACAACAUGCAGGAUGACAGGGAGAGGAAGAUGAAGAACAUGGAGGAGCGCAUGAAGGAAAUCGAGCUGUCGCUGCACAACGUCAAGCUGCUGCUCAAAGAGAAGGUCGCUCAGCUGAAAGAUCAGCUGCACAAGAACGGCAAAGCAGACGUGCUGAUCAAAGACCUGUACGUGGAGAACGGCCAGCUGCUGCAGGCCCUGGAGAUAACCGAGCAGCGGCAGAAGAUCGCCGAGAAGAAGAACUACCUGCUGGAGGAGAAGAUCUCCAGCCUGAACAAGAUCGUGCGUGAGCUGAACCCGGCUCCUCUUCCGUCGCUGCCUUACCACUACAAAUGCCCCUAAUGUGUCCCCUGAAACACUCAGAGGGUCAGCCAUACAUUGCACUGUUUAUGUACUGAAGACUUAUUAUGUUGUACUGCUUGGAACUUUUGUGCCAACAGAUCGAGCCAAAUGCACAAGAACUGGCAGGUUUGAAAUAUAUGCAGUAUUUGUACAUUUUAUUCUAAGAAAUAAUGAGUUGAUAUUGCGCUGCACCUAUGAAGAACCAAAUGUGAGGUCAGACUGUAAAGAAGACCUGCUAUUUUACAGUAAUUUAUACAUUUUUUAAAUGUUUUUCAGUGUUACUAGUAAGUGAGUAAACAUUUUACCGUCUGUGUCGAAGAGAAAAGCUGUACUGAAGUGUACUUUUAGAUAAGUGUUCUUUUGUGUCUGUGUUGUCCAACAGAUUCUCUGUGUGUCUUUCGCUCCUCAAGCCUUUAUGUAAAGAUGAAACUGAAACCUGUCUGUCGGCGGUAAAAUCAUGUCAACACAAAAGUCAAAUAAUCUGGUGACCUUUCCAGAGGUUUUAUCGAACACUACCUGAAGACUCUGAAGCGUCUGUCACGUGGCAAUAUUUAACUUUAACAUGUGAUCUGUUGCAAUAUGUGAAGCUGCAUUUGCGCCAUUAUGAAUGUUUUUUAAGUUCAAAUGAAGGAGCUUGUCUUGCUGCAGAAUGAGCACUAAUGAUGAAACAGGGUGAUGUUUGUGUUGCAGGUGUCAAUAAAAUGCAUUGAUGGUG